GAGCUUAUGCAUUUCGUUCAGCAAGAAUUUUAAAACAAUAUUGUAUCCAAUUAUUAGAUGAAGCUGUUGGAUCUUCAGGAGAAUAUUAUACAACCAAUAUUAUUAAAUUAAUGUUAGAAGAUCAAGAACGUUUUGUUGGAAUUGAAGUUAAUAUUAAUGAUUUUGUUUGUGUUGGAAUUCCUGUUCAAUUAAUUGACUUUUUAAAAAAACUCAAAACGGACCAACAUUCUUAUCCUGUUAGAAAAAUGAGAUUUUGUUUUGAUUUGGAUAAUACAUUAGUUUCUUAUCCAACAAAAUAUGGAGAUUAUAGUACAGUUCAACCAAAAGCACAAAAUAUUCAAUUAGUACGAGAAUUACAUAAGGCUGGACAUUAUAUUAUUAUUCAAACAGCACGAAGAAUGAGAACACAUCAUGGUAAUGUUGGUGCUGUUAUUGCUGAUAUUGGACGAGUGACAUUAGAAACAUUGGCUCAAUUUGAAAUUCCGUAUGAUGAAAUUUUUUUUGGAAAACCAUAUGCUCAUAUUUAUAUUGAUGAUUCAGCUAUUAAUGCAUUAAUUGAUACAGCUAAAGAAAUUGGAUGGGUACUUGACAAUACUGAGUCCGAUGGAGAAAAGGAUAAAAAAAUAAAACCUUUUAUUACUUCUCGAGAUUUACAUACGAUUGAACAAUUAGAUAAUCUUAUUAUUAAAACUUCGUCAAUCGAUGAUUUACGAGGAGAAAUUUAUUUCUAUGAAAAUAUUCCAUUGAAUAUUAAGGAUUUAUUUCCACGAUUAGAUCGCAUUGAAACAAAUAAAGAUGCGGGAGUUUCAUCACUUGUUAUUGAAAAAAUUAAUGGAAUAACUUAUUCACAUUUAUUAACAAAUUCUGUUUUAACUCAAGAUCGUUUACAAAAACUUUUAUUAUCUUUAAAACGUAUUCAUUUAUCAUUACCAAUCGAAUCUGUAGCAUCCCAAACAAAUAUUUAUUUGAAUUAUUCACCGAAGAUCUUAUCACGUUAUAAUCAAUAUAUUGAUAUUUAUUCAAAUUUAGAUAAACAUUUUCAAUCAUCAUUAAUUCAUUCGAAAGAACUAUGUGAUUAUUUAAUUAAAUAUUUCAAUGAUUAUGAAACAUCUAAACGUGGUCGAUAUAAUUCAAUAAUUCAUGGUGAUCCAGUUUUUAGCAAUGUUUUAUUAACACCACAAAGUGAUGUCAUUUUCUUGGAUAUGAGAGGUUCUCUAGGAACACAACUUACUUUAGAAGGUGAUUUAAAUUAUGAUUUAGCAAAAGUCUAUCAAUCAUUAACUGGAUAUGAUUUUGUUUUAUUAAAUAAAGUCGAUUAUUUCUCAACAGAUAUGGUGAAAAAGUACAUGUCUGAACUUAUUGAAACAUUUCAAACGUUUAUUUCAAAAGAAUAUACAAAUCUUACAAAUUUCGAUGAGUUAAAAAUGAUUACAGCACAAUUAUAUUUCACUUUAAUUCCAUUAUAUAGUGAUUUUCAAAAACAAAUUCAAUUUUAUAAAAUUGCAGUUCAACUUUAUAAUGAAAGUAUUUCACAACAAUUAGAUUCUAUUCAAUUAAAUGACAAACAUUUAUAG